GAGGCAGGAGGAAGAUGGCGGCGGGGGCGAGGUGAGGUGUUGGCAGUAGAAAGGGGUUCGGGUGCAGGGGGCGGGGGAACGCGGAGCGAUGGCCCGCGCCGGCCGCAGGGCCGGAUAAGAACCGGUCGCGCCGCGGGUGUGGGAGGGAGAGAGGAGGGCGCCCGGGCGCCGCGAGAGUAUGACGGGGCUGUAUGAGCUGGUGUGGCGGGUGCUGCAUGCUCUGCUCUGCCUGCACCGCACGCUCACCUCCUGGCUCCGCGUUCGGUUCGGCACCUGGAACUGGAUCUGGCGGCGCUGCUGUCGCGCCGCCUCCGCCGCGGUCCUAGCGCCGCUCGGCUUCACGCUCCGCAAGCCCCCGACUGUCGGCAGGAACCGCCGUCACCACCGGCAUCCGCGCGGGGGACCGGCCCCGGCCGCCGCCCACCGGCGGCUACGUUGGCGCGCGGACGGCCGUUCCUUGGAGAAGCUGCCUGUGCACAUGGGCCUGGUGAUCACGGAGGAGGAGCAGGAACCCAGCUUCUCGGACAUCGCAAGCCUCGUGGUGUGGUGUAUGGCCGUGGGCAUCUCUUACAUUAGCGUCUACGACCAUCAAGGUAUUUUCAAAAGAAAUAAUUCCAGAUUGAUGGAUGAAAUUUUAAAACAACAGCAAGAACUUCUGGGCUUAGAUUGUUCCAAAUACUCACCAGAGUUUGCAAAUAGUAAUGACAAAGAUGAUCAAGUUUUAAAUUGCCAGUCGGCAGUGAAGGUGCUGUCCCCAGAAGAUGGAAAAGCAGAUAUUGUAAGAGCUGCUCAAGACUUCUGCCAGUUAGUAGCCCAGCAGCAAAAGAAAUCCACAGAUUUGGAUGUAGAUAUGUUAGACAGUUUACUUAGUUCGAAUGGUUUCCCUGACCCUGAUUUAGUAUUGAAGUUUGGUCCUGUGGACAGCACACUAGGCUUUCUUCCCUGGCACAUCAGGUUGACUGAGAUUAUCUCUUUGCCUUCCCACCUAAACAUCAGUUAUGAGGACUUUUUCUCUGCCCUUCGUCAGUAUGCAGCCUGUGAACAGCGUCUGGGGAAAUAGUGAUUUCGCUGGUCGUGUGAUUUGAUUUCAGGCUUCUGGAGAAAAGGACUCAAGUGACUCUGAUGUUUACAAAGCACCUAUGAAACCCUGUACACACCUAGUUCAUAAUCCUCAUAAUUUAUCAACAAACACAAAAAAGUGUCUUACUUGAGAGUAAGAGUACGUGUGAGCGAGUGUGUGUGUGUGCGCGUGUGUGUGUGUGUGUGUGUGUGGGAAUAAACUUAUAAAUGAGGAAGUAGCGGAGAAGGAAACAUGGUGAACUUGCACCUUUGAGCAGAUUGCAGCAAUGUUUUAGGAGCUGAAAUUUCAGAUUUAAAGGCUUCAGCCCUAACUACUUCCCUGUUUUUGUGGGGAGAGAAAGGGGCGAUUAAAGCUAUUUUGUUGUUUAGGGGGGGUGGGGGAGUAAUUUUUGUUCAGUCUUUCCAAGUGACCAAACUUUAAGUUUUAAGAAUAAUAUAUUGACACAUGAAAUGGAAGCAUUCUGAGUUUGAGGGAUGGAGUUCCGUGGUGUUCUCAUGCUAAAAGUUUGCUCACCUUUGGAGAAGAGGGAAUACCUGUUUUCAGACAUCCGUCCAUUUUCAUCUCUUCAUUAUUAUCAAUGUGACUUGAAAAUGUUGCUCUGUUGUCUGUGUUCUGGGUUGUGAAGACCAUUUGAAAAAAAACUCUAACAUUGGAAUACAGAAUUUAAAAAAUUUUAAAUAUUUUAUGAGACAGUAAAAAAAAAAAGGUAAAAAGUCAUAAUCUGAAAAGUAACGGUGGAAAGUUUCCCAAAUAAGGCGAGAAAGUUUUGAUUUCCUUUUCCAUUUGGUGGGCAGUUUGCGAGAUAGUACCCAGAGUUGGUUUAAAAAAUAUUUCCAUUAACUAUGUUUAUUUAAAAUAAGCAUUUGAGGGAAGUUACCAAGGCAGCUCUUUUCCUCAGAAGUAACCUGUUCCUCUUUGGAAUAGCACAUGUAGGGCCAUGUUAGUACCCAGGAUUUUUACUGAGUAAAUCCUGAUGGUGACUUUGCAUUGAAAGAUCUUUAAGUGAGAUUGAGGCCUGUGUAGGUAAUAAAAUAUUACCACAGUCUACAAAAGUAAUUUAAUUUUGCAUGUUCUCUUUCAUGCAGAGAACAGCACUGGUUUUGUUAUUUUUUAAAUGAAUAGGUGAUUUUUUUGAUAAGUGUUUAGUAGUUCUCCCCUCUGUGCUGAUACCUGGACAGAAACCAUUCUUUAUAUAUUUGAUGGACUGUUUUCAGAAGAAUCUUAUCAACAGCAAGUGCACAACAGUUAUCCAAAAUGAUAUGUUUAGAACGGAGUAGGUUUAAAUACUAGGUCUCAGUCUGAAAAAUAGCAGAGAACACUGGAUUUGGAAAGCAAGGUCUCGAAUUGCUUGUCAAAUUCUGAGUCUAUGAAGAAUAAAUGUUUUGACUUUGGAUUCCAAAACUCCAUUUAUGAUUUUAAAAAUACACUUGAAAUAAAAUGAUUAUAAACUAAAUUUUGGUUCAGUGACAUUACUUUGCACAUUAUAGUUCUUUGUACAUUGUGAGACUUUUUUUUUUUCAAGUCUUAAUUUAUUGCUAAAAGCUUUGUGUGAUGCGACAUCAUAUCCCUAAACUUUACCAGAGAAUUUUUUUAUUUCUGUCCCCCUGUACUGUCAUCCAUGUUCUAUUGAGGCUUUUUGGCCUUAGUUGAAGACUGAAUAUAUGCCUUUUAUAUAUGUGUCUUUGUAAACAUUCUGGAAUAUAUAUGCUUUUAGUGAAUUAAAUUUAAUGGGCCCAAUUGAAGUGAAGGGAUUUCAUAUUUGUUGAAAUGAAGUUAGUCAAAUAAAUUACCCACUGGGAUAUAGCCAAAGCCCUACAGGUUUAACAGUUGAGUUGUUAUAUUUUUAUUUUGUCCUUAUAUUUCAUAGCAGUGUAGUGUUACCUAUCAGAGGAAAUCUAUAAUCUGACGUGAGUCGGUUAUUGUCCUAGAUAGGAAGAAACCCUUAAAACAAGCUGCUAAGGAUUCUGAUUUCAGAUCAGGCAUUCCAGUUUCUUUCCCUGAGGUUAACUGCCAGUACAGUCUCCACAAUUUGAAUGACAUCAAUCAUUCUAUAAUCCCUGCCAAAAUCACCUACUGGUUAUGCAUUAUCAGGGCUCUCUUUGCACUCCCAAGAAGAACUGAAAACUUUAAAGUGUUGUUUGUCUUAAUGUGUUUUGAAGAAUAUCAUCUUUAUAUUGUUUAUUCUAGACACUCUCCACAAUGGAAAAAUUACCAAAUUAAGCCUACUUUACGGAUGGCAGCUUGGAGCCUAGAAAGAGGUUGAGGGUUUGAAUUCCAUUCCCAAUUCUGAUUGUAUUUUGUUUCUUAACACUGAUUAUUGCUAGAAAGUUUGAAAGCUGGUUCUGAUGUGAAUAGCAAAUUCUGAUAUAUUGUGACUAAGGCUGAAUAGUGCCUGUCUUAAGAGAGGAAUGUGUUAUAAUGUUGAACAGUGCCAAAUACACUGUGCACAUCUACAAGUUAAUCUUUGAAUGUAUGUUACUGGAUUAGCCCCCUCCUCUUCCUGUGUGGUGGUACCAUGCAUAGAGUCAAAUCCUUGUGAUGUUUUGUAUGGCAUAGACUUUGGCAACAUGUAAAUAAUGUGUAAAGUUUUUAUGAUUAAGGAAUCAAAUUUAUUGAAUUUUAUUAUUGAAGGUUGAAACGACGUGUAUGAACAAAAACAAUAAAAGAAUAUACUCUUUUCAUGGACUAUAGUAUUAUGUGAAUGCUACAUUUAUUCUAAACGUGUAGGGACUGCAGAAAUGUAAUGAGAAACUCAUAUGACAGGAUAGCAAUACUAUUUUUUUAGAUGGUGUGUUCUUGAUUGAAGUAUGUUCUCAUUUUUACCAGAUUAAACAUUUGGAAUCUUAAAAUGUUAAUUUGCUUUUUGCUAGGUAAAAGUAAGGUGAAAUUGAGCUUUGCUAUUGCUAAAAUUGUCAAAAUUCCAGAAUAAAUAAAAUCUGAAUAGUUUUUUUUUUUUUACUGAAUAUGGAAUGCCAAAUUGAAAAUGUAUAUGUGUACUCUUUUAGAAAGGAAUUUGACAGUUCUCGUCAAACCAGAAAAUAGAAGGGUAAGAGCUAUAGUUUUUCUUAUGUUGCAUAGAGUAUUCACUUUCUAACUUGAGAAUCUAAUUGUAAGGUAGUUGGCUUUUUAUGCAUAAUUUUCAUCUGAAAUCAAGUUCCUCAAAAGUCACCUUUUAACUUUAGUAAAUAGGAAGUGGGGUUAACAAAAGCUAGUGUAGGGGAAGUUCAAAAAAGUUUGAAAUAAAACCCAGGAAAUAAGGAUGCUGUCAACAGUUGUCCAGGAAUCCUAGUUGAUAGGCCAUAUACUUGAUAAAAUUGGUGGAAAAGGGAAGUGCAAAAAGAAUUUGCUUGCAACUUUAAAAAAAUGCAUUCACUGUUAAAAAAAAAAAAUAGAGAAUUCAGAGAAGCAAAUGUAAAGGAAAAAACUUCUAAUACCAUCAUUCAUUGAUUACAUUUUUGGUGACAAUCCUAGAAUUUUUUGGUAUUUAUAUUUAAAUGGAUCUUACUGUAACAGGUUUAAUAAAUUCCUUUUAAACUACAAA